AUGGAUCUGGACUGGUGUCUAAUUUGCGAAACUAAGACUCAGGGCUCAUUAUACUGCAGUGAAGAGUGUCGCUUCAAGGAUUAUCUUUCAGCGUACAAGUAUAUGACACCUCCUGCAUCUCCGACUUCUACCGUCGUUCCAACGAUUGACAUGAUGACAUCAUCUAACGAGACACCAGAUCAUGAUUACCUCAGGCAACAAUCUCCGAUUUCGCUCCAUUCUUCGGAUAAGGGACAACCAGACGCCUCACCGCUUAAUUCUCCUCUUACAAUGUCAGAAAUGCACAGCGCUUCAUACUCGCCCAAGUCAACCAAGACUCUCUCAGGAACUCAGGAUACCGGUCAGCCCGUUUAA